AUGGGCCUGAUGACAUUUGCGGGCUUGGGCCGGAAUAUUUGGACACUCGAUGACAGCACCAUCACCACUUUUCAGAUAUAUCUCCUCGUAGUUCAAUACGCCUACGUACUAAGUCUCUGCCUCAUCAAACUCUCAAUACUCUACUUCUUCCUCCGAACAUUUCCCGAUCCAAAGUUCAGAUUGAUCAUCAAAUAUACCAUCGCCUUCAACAUUGUCACAACAAUCAUCGUCACCAUCUGCGGCGCACUACAGCGACAACCGAUUCACUUACUCUGGGAUGGAUGGAAAGACUACCCACCUCGCGGGAAGACACUAAAUAUCCCAGCAAUCAUCUUCUUUCACGCUGGUGUCAACAUUGCUCUUGAUAUCUGGAUGUUUGCGCUACCGCUGACGCAGUUGUAUUCUUUGGGUCUUCAGCCGAAGAAGAAGGCUGGUGUCAUGGUGAUAUUUGGUGUUGGAAUCUUGUAA